GAGAGGAAUCCAGCGAGGAACGUGUUUUAGUUGCGUUCAAACGCUUUAGUCUGUAAGUUAACACAAACCGAGAGCUAUCGCAGCUGCAAGCCAGGAAAACCAAAAAGAAGAAGGAAAAAAGAUACACAGCGACAGAGCAAUAAUCGAAGUUGUGGGCAGUUCAAAAGCUGAGCAUCAAAUGCGAACAACUUUUUUGAUCGGUCAACCGAUCAGCCACCGAUCAAGAUUCAACUCAACGAAAGUGAGAGUUAAUAUAUAUACAUAUAUAGAGCGAGAGAGAGAGAGAGAGAGAGAGAGACAGUGAGAGAGGAGGAAUGCAUCAAAAAUUCGGUGCCCCUCUCAUUGUAUAAAUUGUGUUGUUGGCUUUUGGGAAGGCGGAAAGAAAGUAACUUGAAUAAGCCAAAACGACAAGAUCACCAUACCCACAUAGAGCAGCCGAUUACUUAAUCCAAUAUACUAACGACUACAACAAAACUUAUACACUUGGCAAAGCUAUAGAUUAAUGGCCUGCGUCUGGGCAAGUCGCUCUCUUUUCCAUAACGAAGCGAUGAAAUUUAGGAGGAGAAAACAGAAGCAUUGAAGACAAAAGAAGAUACCAAGAAAUCAAUAGUCGAUGCCGAUGCCGAUAUCGAUCUAGCCAAAGAUCGCCUCGCCUUCAUUGUGAACAGCUCAUUUUCAUAAGUCAUUUUUGUUUUUUUUUUUUUUUAUUGUUUUUAAUAAUAAUAAUAAAAAGAAAGCGAAUUCAUCUGGCAUACCAAAUAAACGGCAUAGAUCCAGCUCAUAUACAACAACAACAACAACGACUGAUCCGCUACAGAUACACCACAUCGACCAGAUCUACACCAGACCCACCAACAGAGCCAACAGAGCCUUUGGCUUUCUCUUCAGCAUUUUGUCGCAGUCGUCUCUCGUCUGUCGUCAUCGUCGUCGCUCCCCGUGAUCACUGUUAAGGGAGAUCUCUGUUUUUUUUUUUUGUGUUCAAGUGCACUUGCAACUUUUACCCAGUAAACAAAACCCAAAAACAAAAAGUAAACUUAACCCAAAGCAAUGAUAAUGAUACGGUUCACGGUAUUCAUAGUGCUCUUGUCGUUGGUCAGUGUCGAUUCCGGUAAUAAUACACCCGUCCACAGUUCCAGUCCUAAUGCCAGCUUCCGCCCCAGCUCCAGCACAUCCAGUGAAUUGAGAAAACACACCAACAACAGCAACAACAGCAGCAGCAGCAGCAGCAGCAGCAACAUCAGUAGAGGAAAUGGAAAUAUUGCAAUCGCCACUGCGGCCGAGGAGGAGUCAACUAGCCGUGAUAAGAGAGGUACCAACACGAACGGCAGCAGCAACAACAGUAACACCAACAUCAAUGCAAACACUUUUCAAUUGGACCAAAGUGAAUUGGCCCGACAGAAUCAGAUAACUCAACAGAUAUUUGCCAAUUAUUUGGAACGUCGACUUUUCCCCAAUCGGAGUGCUAACCAAAAGAUUCCCACCAUAGCCGAUAUAUUGCCUAAACCGAAACCAUCGGCCCGUCCACGUCCUCGUGGUUUUGCAGCCAGCAGUUCGGGCAAUUUCAAACGCAGCGGCGGAGGUAGCCAGAGGAAUCGCCUUCAAGCGGCAGCUGCAGCCAAGAGACAGGCCAACAAUAAUAAUGGCUCCCAUCGCAAUCGUUUCGAUGAGCAGACCGAUCAGGAUGCCCAGGCCGAUGCCGCAGAUGAUUUCGACUAUGAUGGCCAGGAGUCGCUACAGAGUGUGGAAUCCGAACAACAUGAUCAAUAUUAUGGCGAUAUAUUUCAUCGGGAUCCAAGCGAAAAUGAAAUUGAUAGUGACUGCCCCAACUGCGUGGACGAGUCACAAUACACACCGAAUAAAUGGACAAUGCCGUUGCUGAAGCUGGGCGAGAAACGUUAUUACCUCGGCAUCUUCUUCAAGGCAAAUUGGUUCAAAGCCACGCAAUAUUGUCGUUACCAUGGCAUGCAUUUGGCUAGCAUUUCAUCACAGGAAGAGAACGAUAGACUAGAGAAACACAUACGGGACUUUGGCUUGGGCCACGAACAUUUCUGGAUAUCCGGCACAGAUCUGGCCGAUGAGGGUAACUUCUUUUGGAUGGCCACUGGCCGUCCAAUUACUUUUACCAACUGGAAUGCCGGCGAACCAAAUAAUUUCCGCUAUGAGAAUGGCGAGGAGGAGAAUUGCCUGGAGCUAUGGAAUCGGGAUGGCAAAGGUCUCAAAUGGAAUGACUCUCCAUGCAGUUUUGAGACAUAUUUCGUUUGUGAAGUUCAACCCAAUUGAAUGAAUUCAUAGUUGCAUGCAACAUUUUGUGAAAGAAACAACAUAAAAAACACCAACAAAAACAUUUUUUCUUUUUUUUUUUAUUAAAUAUAUCUUGUAAAACCGAAACAAAAUCGGAAAUUUUACAUGUGUAGUUGUAAUGUGUAAGUGUAAACAACAACAACAAAAAAACCAACAAACAAGCAAAGCAACAUA